GCCACGAGGUGCGCCGAGGGAGGUCUGCCGGCGCCUGAGGUCUACCCACGCGCGGCCCUGGGCCAGGCGGGCACCGCACGUGGGCGCAGCGCGCUUCCCAGGCCGCAUAGGUGGGCGCCAGCUGCGAACCCACCCCUCCGCGCCGGGCCGGCCGGGAUGCGCUCCCUCCGCGCCGCGCUGGGACUGCUGCUCCUGGGGGUGCUCCAAGCCCUCCCGCAGGGUCAAGCCCCCACGGACCUCUGUGCUGGAGACCCCAGCCGCUACCACGACGAGGCUGCCGGCAAGUGCUGCUACCGCUGCCCUAGGGGGCCGACCCCGCAGCCGCUGUGCCCGCAGAAUUCAUCUGACUGCCCGAAGCAGUGUGAGCCCGAUUACUACCUGAGCGCCCAUGGCCGCUGCACGGCCUGUGUGAGCUGCGCGGGAGAUGACCUCGUGGAGAAGAAGCCGUGUUCAUGGAACUCCCCUCGUGUCUGCGAGUGCCGGGCUGGCAUGUUCUGUGCCACGUCAGCCACCAACUCCUGUGCUCGCUGCUUCCCCCACUCCGACUGCCCACCAGGGAUGAUUGUCAAGUUCCAGGGCACAGCAGAGAAGGACACCGUCUGUGAGCCACCUUCCCCGAGGGCCAGCCCUGACUGCAGCACCAGCCCAGAGGACUGCGAGGCGCCCGCCAGCGAUAGCACCCUGCAGGCCAAGCCCGCCCUGACCUCCCCAGCACGUUCCGAUGCCAGGACCAUGCUGCUUGGAGGGGGCACCCCGGAAGAGGAUUCCAAGAUGACGAGGGCUCCCAACUCCCCCUCCUCCAUGGGGAAGCCCAGUCCAGAUCUAGGGCCGACCCCGCAGCAGCCAUGCCCUCAGGGGUCCGCUGACUGCAGGAAGCAGUGUGAGCCCGACUACUACCUGGAGAGGGACGGCCGCUGCACGGCCUGUGUGAGCUGCGCAGGAGAUGAUCUCGUGGAGAAGACACCUUGCACGUGGAACUCCUCCCGUGUGUGUGAGUGUCGACCUGGCAUGUUCUGUGCCACAUCAGCCACCAACUCCUGUGCCCGCUGCGUUGCCCACCCCAUCUGCCCACCAGGGAUGGUCACCAAACUCCAGGGUGCGGCUGAGAGGGACACCACGGACAACCCGCCUCCCCCGGGAUCCCACCCUAACUGCAGCACCAACCCAGAGGACAGAGAGGCGUCUGCCAGCUCCACCCCUUCCCUGGCAGACCCCCAGACCAGCAUGGGGCGUGGAGGGGGCAUUACCCACGCCUGGGGGGACGCCUCCAUCCUGACGAGUGCUCCCAUCUCUUUCUCCUCCACCGGAAAGCCCAUGCUGGUUUCAGGACCUGUGCUCUUCUGGGUGAUCAUGAUGCUGGUGGUGGUCGUCGGCUCCAGCUCCUUCCUCCUGUGCCACCGGAGGGCCUGCAGGAAGUGGAUUCGGCAGAAGCUCCACCUGUGCUACCCGGUCCGGACCUUCCGGCCCAAGCUGGAGCCUGGGUUAGUGGAUUCCAGGCCCAGAAGGAAGUCACCGGAGCUGAGGAGGAGCGUGUUGCUGGCAGAACCAGGCAUGGCUGAGCUGGGGCUAAUGAGCUCCCCCUCCCCGGCUGUGGAGACCUGCCCCAGUGUAGGGGCCGCCGGCCAGGAGACCCUGAGGCUGCUGGAGGCCAGCCCCGCCAGCAGGCCCUCGUCCCCCACGGACCCUCCCGAGCCCCGGGUGACCACGGAGCAUACUAAUAACAGGAUCGAGAAAAUCUACAUCAUGAAGGCCGACACAGUGAUUGUGGGGACCGUGAAGACCGAGGUGCCUGAGGGCCGGGGCCUGGUGGGGCCAGCGGGGCCCGAGUUCGAGGAGGAUCUGGAAGUGGACCACGCUCCCCACUACCCGGAGCAGGAGACUGAACCACCCCUGGGCAGCUGCGGGGACGUCAUGUUCUCGGUGGAGGAGGAAGGGAAGGAGGACCCCUUGCCCACGACCGCCUCUGGGAAAUGAGGCCUGGCUUGGGCUGGGGCUGAGAGGGCAGCUGAGUGUCCCCUGGGAGGCCAGGGUGGCACUGGUGGCACCAAGCUUGUAGCAGAGGCCCAUCUGGCCUGAACUUAGGUUCUGGCAUCCAGUGGUCAACCAGCCUGUCAACGCAGGAGGGGUUCUGGUGGUCUCUACUUGCAUCCUCACCCAGCUGCCCCCAACCCCACCCCUUGGCAAGCCCAGGCUUGCACGGUAGAGCCAACCAAGGGGCUAGAUCUGAACGGAGAUAUCUGUUGAGCAACAGAUGGAUGGCAGGGACUGGGCACCCCGCCUUCUGCUACUGCCCAGAAGAUGCUCCCAGAGCCCUGGGCAUCAACACGCCAGCAGGGCCAGAGCCCACCUGAGGCAGAGGCCAGGAGGCCAUACCCCCUGCCCUCUCCCCUGGCCCUGGGCCUCAGGAGUGACACCCAUUGGGCCUUGCUGCCGUGCCAGCAGCCCCCAGUUACUGUAAGUGUGGACCCCUGUGGGCACUGAGCCAGCGCCUGUGGUUGUUUCUCCUGAGUCAAAAGGGAAGUUGAGGGAUGGGGCAUUGUUGGCUGGGCCUGUCUUGGCUGCAGCCGCUGCGCUGGGCUCUGUGCCGAGGUAAGCGCCCAGCCUGGCCUCCAGCCCCACUUGGGCUGAGGGGGACCCUCCUGUUCUGCAGCCCCCACGGUGGGCCCAGGGCCUAGGAUCGACUCAGUCAUCUCAGAAUGUCCCCACCAGUCCCUGCAGCAGGAGGCAUCUCAGGACCCAGGUGUCUGCAGACCUCAGUGGCUGCAGCGCCCACCCCGGCUGGAGACCCUGUGCCCCUGGCUGCUGUCUGGAGAAGGGCCUGCUCUGCUUUGCCCUGGGGCUUCCGCCCAGCGUGGAGAAGGGGAACCGUGGGCCCUUGCUGGCCCUUGCCAGCUCUGUGAGCACCACCAGCCCUGUCCUGGGAAGUAAAGAAGCGUCUUCACCAGAUCUGCUGCCCUUGCAGAUCCCCUGGCACCUGGCCCUGCCCUCUGCCUCCAGCUGCUCAGCAGCCGAAGUUGGAACGCAGAUGUCAAAAAGCAAUGCAGUUUCACCUGGAUGUUCUGCCUUAUUCUGGACUGUCGGGAAAGAGAAAGUUCGGUCACUCACUCUGGAUUUCAGGAGUUUGCCUUUCACACUAAGGAGUGAGCUACCCCAACGCCAUCUGCUGGCUUCUCCCCUCAGGGCUUUCAGACUCUCUCAACAAACAAGUGGUCUUGGAAAGGGACAUGUGGGCAGAUGACAAGCUCACCGCAGCCCAGGGCACUGAGCCACAGGGUGCCCGGAAGCUCCUGGAAUUACCCGCUGGGAGCCGAGCCUGGGAAGCCUCCGCUCGCUCCCCGGCCUGCUCGCUCUCUGGAGGAAGUUGGGGCUGAGUCAGGAAUCACAGGGUAGUUUCUGAAACUGCUCAGAUAUUUUGGGGAAAGUUGGAGGCUGGGACACUGUAAGAAGCAGUUACACCGAACCUGAAGAAGUGUACAUGAAUGGGCAGUGUCUGCAGAAAUGCCUUGUGCAAGGACGGUGCGCCAGGCUCCGGGCCCAAGCCUCAGCUGUAGGGUGCCCGAGGAUGCCACGCACCUGCUCAGGGGGCUCAGGCAGCCCUGACUUGAGGAUAUUGACCCAUGUUUCGUGAAGUGAGGCACACCCUUGCCCAGGGGUCCUUCACAAAACUUUUGAUCCUUUAAAAAUUCAUAAGGUCCCUUAAAAAUGAAGUGUAAGGCUAUGGAAACUCAGAGAUCUGAGAUUUGGGGACCUCUGCAUCGAAGGGUCUGAGCAGUCUCUCCUUCCAGGACAGGGGCUCCCCCUUCAACCUGCUGCUCCAGACCCCUGGGCAGCCGGCCUCUGGGGACAGCGAGUCCACUACCUGCCGGGGCGGCCCUUCCCACUGCUGGAAGUUCUUCCCCAACGCCCGAGGCGGAUGUUUCCUCCGUGUAGCUCUCACA